AUGGGCGCCAGUGUGGCGUCCCUCUCCGUCGAUUCCGAACUUCAUCUCCCCUUCCCGCCACGAAGGAACCUUUCUCAGCUUCUUUACACGCUCUCUCUCUCUCUCUCUCUCUCUCUCUCCCUCCCUCCCUCCCUCCCACUCUCUCUCUCUCUAUCACCCUCUCUCUCUCUAUCUAUCACCCUCUCUCCCUCCCCUCUCUCCCACCUGUCAAUGUCUCUCUCUCUCUAUCUACCUCACUCUCUCUCUCUAUCUAUCUAUCUCUCGGUUUAUCGAUUUAGGCCUGUUCAACUCUUCUUUGCUUUUAUCUUUCUUUCAAAUGCCCCCCCCCACAUCAUGAUCCAGAGAUCAGAUGACUUUCUAUGCCUAUUCGGACGAUCUAUCUAUCUAUCUAUCUAUCUCAAUUUUUUCAUAUCUAUCUAUGUAUCUAUCAAUCUAUCUAUGUACCGAUAUAAAUCUCUUCAUAUCUAUCGAUAA